AUGGGCCUCAAACUCCACGAGGACUGGGGCACGACACCGGCCGCCAUCGACACCUGCCUCGCCGAGCCGGAUGGCUUCGACGUCCAGUGUUUGCGAUUCACACCGAUACGCUCAACGAGUCCGCUAUCGCGAGUAACACUCAUUGCGGCGUUCAAGGACCGCACGAUCCACACCUAUCACACCGAGGGUGCGGGAGGUGGUCACGCGCCGGACAUCAUCAAAGCGUGCGCGCUCGACAACGUGCUGCCCACUGCCCUGACAGAGGUGUGA